AUGGGGUCCUGAAGUUGACUGGACAUGAUGGUUCUGAUUAAAGUAGUGUCCUGUCUCCUGAUGAUCUUGCAACUGACUGAUGCAAGGAAAACUCGAGGUAACAGAGCAGGCAAUGAGCCCGGAGAGAGGAUGAAGAUGCUCUAUGAACCUAAAUCAGUCUUCAGGCUCUACACGGAGGGGGAAUACAUGUAUGAUACAUGCACAGUGGAGCUUUUCCAGCCUCAUACACUGGAUGGUUGUAGUUUCAAUAACAGCCAUCCUCUGGUUAUCAUCAUUCAUGGCUGGUCGGUGGACGGAAUGAUGGAGAGUUGGGUUGCGAGGUUGGCAUCUGCACUAAAGAGCUCCCAGAGAGGCAUCAAUGUGGUGAUCGCAGAUUGGCUGACUCUAGCACACCAACACUACCCUAUUGCUGCUCAGAACACCCGCAUAGUGGGACAAGAUAUUGCCCACCUGCUGAGGUGGCUAGAGGAUUUCAAACAGUUCCCUGUGGGAAAAGUUCAUUUGAUUGGCUACAGCCUUGGAGCUCAUAUUUCUGGAUUUGCUGGGAGUAACCUAGCGGUGUCUGGAAAAAUCUUGGGAAGAAUUACUGGUCUGGAUCCUGCGGGGCCACUGUUUGAGGGGAUGUCUCAUACUGACAGACUCUCACCUGAUGAUGCUACGUUUGUGGAUGCCAUCCAUACAUUUACCCAACAGCGUAUGGGACUGAGUGUGGGCAUCAAACAGUCUGUUGCCCACUUUGAUUUCUACCCCAAUGGAGGAUCAUUUCAACUAGGGUGCCAUCUGCAUGUGCAAAAUAUUUACACCCAUUUAUCUCAGUAUGGGAUUAUGGGAUUUGAGCAAACAGUAAAGUGUGCCCAUGAACGUGCUGUGCAUCUCUUCAUUGACUCCCUGUUGCACAAAAACAAGCAGAUAAUGGCAUACAAGUGCAGCGACAACACAGCCUUCAAUAAAGGCUUCUGCCUGGACUGCCGAAAGAACCGCUGUAACACUUUGGGUUAUGACAUAAAGAAAGUCCGCACUGGCACAAGCAAAAGAAUGUUCCUCAAAACCAGUUCACACAUGCCAUACAAAUUGUUCCAUUAUCAAUUCAGGAUCCAGUUCAUCAACCAAAUUGAUAAGACUGAUCCCUCCCUCACAGUCUCUCUAAUAGGAACACUGGGUGAAAGUGAAUAUAUGCCAAUAAAACUCACUGAGGAAAUUUCAGGUAACAAGACUUUAACGUUCCUCAUCACUUUGGAUACUGAUAUUGGUGACCUGAUGAUAAUGCACAUCAUCUGGGAGGGAAAUCCUAUGUGGGCAAACAUGUGGAGCAAGGUUAAGACGAUGAUGCCUUGGGGAGAAAGGAGCAAGGGACCACAGCUCACUGUGGGGAAGAUUAUGGUGAAAGCUGGAGAGACCCAGCGGAAAACUGUGUUUUGUGCACAGACAGAUGAUGGCAUGUAUAUUGAGCCAUCACAGGAGAAGGUGUUCGUUCGCUGUGAGAAGAAGUGUAAGAAGCCAUAGCAACAGCGGAGGAUGAUAAAGCACAGCUGAAGUAAACACACCUGAUCACCCAUCAGGACUUAUAAAGCGUCAACAAUGCUUAAAUUGACAUGAGAUGGGUGAAAACA